AAAAUGCUGUCUAGGUAGGCAGCUUACUAGUUUUUGGGCACACUCAGUGUGCUGAGAGAGGAGGGGAAACUGAGCUCGUCUGAAAAUGGCGUCUCCGAAAACAGUGCCUAAAGAUGCACAGGUAAUGAUCCAGAUUCUUAAAGACAUGGGAAUCACUGAGUAUGAGCCCAGAGUCAUCAAUCAAAUGCUGGAGUUUACAUACAGAUAUGUAACAACUAUUAUUGAAGAUGCAAAAAUAUAUUCCACCCAUGCUAAGAAGUCCAAUGUGGAUGCAGAUGAUAUAAGGUUAGCAAUACAGUGUCGAGUGGAUCAGUCCUUCACGUCACCUCCACCUCGAGAUUUUCUGUUGGAAAUCGCGAGGCAGAAGAACUUGGCCCCAUUACCCCUUAUUAAGCCAUACACUGGUCCACGUCUUCCACCGGACCGUUACUGUCUAACUGCACCCAACUACAGGCUAAAGUCCUUGCAGAAAAAGGUGACUUCGUCUGCGGGCAGAAUAACAGUGCCACGGUUGAGUAUGGGGGCAGUUUCCAGUAGGCCAAGCACUCCAACUCUUGGCGCACCCUCAAUGCAGACAGUGGGGACAAAAGUAGGGACACCAGUGUCACUGACGGGCCAGCGCUUCACCGUUCAGAUUCCCUCUUCACAGGCUGCCUCUGUCAAAUCAGCUACUCCAACCACUCCCACCGUUCAGAAUGUCCUCAUCAACCCCUCCCUCAUCGGCUCCAAAAACAUCCUCAUCACUACUAAUAUGGUCUCCCAGAAUUCAUCCAGUGACUCGACCUCACUCAAGAGAAAGCAUGAAGAUGAGGAUGACUAUGAUGCUUUAUGACCUGCUGUGUUUUCUUACUAGUGUGUGAUUCUGUAAAUAAGCAAUCAUUUGUUGUCAGUCUGCCCCUCAUUAGUCUUGUGCUAUUUAGGUUAAACAAUACAGUGUUGCCAUUAUUUUUGUACAUAAAUUGAUUAAAAGAAAAAGUGGGUUUGUAAGUUUUUGUAAUGUUUCAUUACAAUUUUAGUUGAGUUGACUUUGCUACAAGAAAUCUUUGACGAGUGCAAAGAACCAAGUUUUUACCCAUUCAAUUGCAUUUAAUCACAUUUAACAUUUUGUUUUUGUUUUACUUAUGGGCUUUUAACAAAAUAAUAAUAAUUUAUCUAUUAUUACUUCCAUAAAUUGCAUAAAAUUAAGUGUAAAAUAAAAUGUAAUGUAUUCAAUGAAAUACCAGCAGAGGGAGCUGGUUGGAUGAAAAAAGAUCCAUGCACCUUCACUCUAGGAAUGAAUGGUCUUUGUUCUUCAAUACUAUUGUAAUAAUCUAAAAUGAUGUAUAUUUUAGUUUCAGGCAUUUAGGCAUUCUUCUUGCACAUUCUUACUUUUAUUAGACUUUGAGGGAGGGUUUGGAGAACAAGGGACCAGGAGUAGUGCUAUGGUCUUAUUGUCUAAUGCUCUCUAACUCCCUUUUGCCUUUUAAAAUACAGUAUAGCGUCUAUGGUAAUAACUGGACAAUGCCUUGUAAUUUAUGCCAAAUUAUUUUAAAGUAUUGUGAAUCUACAUUAUGCAUAAUGUUUUACAGUCCUAAACAGAAAAGUGACCGUUAAACUAACUCGGAUGAAAAUGUAUAAGUAUGAAAAGGGACUGAAUGCAAUCCAAGUCUAUUUAAUGACAAAACAGUCCAAACACAAAGUAAAAUAAGUGUAUUCCAAGAAUCCAAGGGCUGUGAAAAUAAAUGGUUCUUCACAUUUAGAUGAGAAAAUGAGUACUGUAACUAAUUUAAAUGAUUUAACUGAAUAUAUCAACAUGCGCAAACACAUUUCAUCUAGUGUUUGUCCUAGCUGGAACAUAUGCAUGUUGAAUAUAAAGGAAUUAUGGUUUUUAAAGGGAAUUUAAAGCAAUAGUUCACCCAAAACUUAUAAUUCUGUCAUCAUUUACUCACCUUUCUGUUGUGUCAAACUCAUAUGAUUUUCUGUCUUCCGUGGAGCACAAACUGCAAUAUUUGAAUAGACAUGAUUCCUGUUUGUCCAUACAAUGCAAGUCAAUGGUGACCAAAUUUUUAAGCUCCAGAAAUGACAUGAAGGCAAUAUUAAAGUAAUCCAUAAGACUCAAGUGGUUUGGUCCGUGU